AUGCGCAUAUACAUGCUCGCCCUUUGCCACAUCAACAUCCAUGCAGUUACAGACAUCCUCGCAAAUGUCGUCUGCAGUGGCCAUCGCGACUGGGUCGUCGUCUAUGUUAUCCUCAAGCGCAUCGAGUUUCAAACCACAUACGAUCCUCACUGGUUUGCGUUCUGGGGGUUACUCCCUUGCCAGCUGUUCAAACUCAAUACGUCCGGACCCGGAUUCUCCCGAUUAUGUGACCAAAUGCUUGUAUUCCGAUUGCCAAGAAGCCAAAGACGUACUUUGACCGCCAGAUCUCUUCAUUUAAACAUUGGGACCGUAAGGAUCACGACUGGUGACAAGGACUGA